GCCACCUUACUGAGAUCGCCCAGCCUCUUCAAGGUCGAGAUAAACUUUUGAGCACUUGAGACACUAGAGGGAGCGUUUUGUCGCUUGGACCACUGGAGCUCCUUUAACCGGACGUGAGAAAAGUGAAACUACCUUUUGAGCUUGGAGACGUAUUUUAAGAAGGGACGCUCAGGGACUGUGAAGACGUAGUUCACAUCACUCUCAACCUUCCUGAAAUCCUCUGGGGAAUCCACCACACAUCUCCAAAGGACUGCUGCUCACAAACACAGCUCUCCUCCCCUAGAACACAGAACCAACCCCACCACUCCCUCCCCACUCUGGAAUUCUACAAGCCUUCUUGUUAGAACAGGAAUGAUGGGUGAGGGUUUGAGGGAGGCGAGCGGGUUGUGGGCAGAACUAAUUUCUGAAGCAGCUGCCCUCUCUGGUUAGUCCUUCCUUGCAGAAAGGACUAAUAAAAUCCAGGAAGACGACUACAGCCUGUACGGACACUCUUCCCCCGGGGCCAGGGUCAAGCCGUAGUGUGCACGAGAACCCUUCACAAGAGGACAGCUGGAAAGGGGGAAGAUUUCAUAGACAUUGUUUGCACCACCCACCCCUCGCUAGCUCCCACACUUCCACCCCGUAUCUCUCAGUAGCGUUCCAGUGCACAUAGGCAUGAUCUCUGCCCCCUCUGGACUUGCUCUUCUCUGUGUCACCUGACGGGGUGGGGAAGUAGAUGUGUAUAUAGCCCCUGCCUCCAGUCAGGCCCGGAGUAGAUGCCAAGGACAGCGACACUGAACAGCAGCAGUUCUGUUCCUAGGCCACAUCCUCCCUGCUGCCAUCAUGAAGCUGCUUACAAUGGUUGCACUGCUUGUCACCAUCUGUAGCCUGGAAGGGGCUUUGGUUCGGAGGCAGGCAGAGGAGCCGGAUAUGAAGAGCCUGGUCAGUCAUUAUUUUCAGGCCAUGACUGACUAUGGCAAGGACUUGAUGGAAAAGGCCAAGAGCUCGGAGAUUCAGGCCCAAGCCAGGGUUUACUUUGAAAAGACACAAGAGCAUCUGACACCCCUGGUCAAGACAGCCGGAACUAGUCUGAUGAGCUUCCUCAGCAAUUUGAUGAACUCGGAGAAAGCAGAUCCUGGUGCUAAGUGA